CCACCGUUCAUCAUCCAUUUUAAAAAGAUCAUCUACAACAGACUUGACGAGUCAACAAAAGGAAACAGUCAAGGCAAAAUUGGCAAAACUUAAACAAGCACGGGUAGAGAGAGGCGCACGUCUCCAUGGCAUCUAUAGGGUUGUUAUUGAGAUGGUGGCAUUUUACUUGGAUGAAGAAAGCACAUUUGUGGAGGAAGGGAUCCUGGACUCUGAGCAACAUUUGGUCAUCAUGGACAAUUUUUUUGCAUCAGGAGGUCCUCAGGCCAUCAUCUUUAACUGUGCCAAGAGAUUAGCGCCUCCUCCUGAAUGCGGAAGAUUUUUUUAUGGUCUUCCCAAAGAUGCAUUGAUGAGAAGAGUGAUCGUGUCGGACUGUUCAGAUAUAGACCUGAGCGGCACAUCUAUCCUCGUCUAUCGGAUUUCUGAGAACCGGAACUCAUCAGAGGACUUAAUGUAUGCAGUUUUCCAAGUAGACGGUGAAAACACUUCGAUUAUUAGUUAUGUGUACUUCCUUCAUGACUUGGUCACCAAGCCACAACUGGGUCGGACAACAGCCUGGGGAGAUAUGAACCGCACCAUUAAGGGGCCGGAGAACAAGAAAAACUUCCUUGAUGACUUCUCAGGCUAUGUUAAUUUUCUUAAAAUGACAAAAACUGAUUUAGACGGUGCUGUUAAGUUUGAGACUGACAAGAAACUGUAUGACAUCUUAAAGGAACCAGACAAACUAAUGAAGCAAGUGACAAACAUAAAUGUGAUCAGUUGGGCAGAAACGAUUGUGCGGAGCUGGAUGAAAAAAAUGGAAUGGGUUUUGACACAGAGUGAGCAACUCCGAAGUGAGAGGCCUGACGUAGCGCCUGAGGCUGAGCUGGAACACUGGCGCCGACUACUGGCCAUGUUUGCUAGCAUCGUGGAACAUGGCAGAACACCUGAAUGUGUUACCUAUAUCACCUUCCUAAUACAGGCACGGUCCAAGGUCAUCAAGAAGUGGAAAUUCUUUGACAACUGGGUGACUUUCAGUGAGAAUGAGGCCUCAGACAAUGUAAAGUACUUGUACGCUCUUCAGCGGUACCUAGAGCCUCUGUACAGAAUGUCUCCAGAGACUAUGACCAGCUACCUCCCAAGCCUGCUGUAUGCAAUACGCAUGACAUACGCGAUGUCACGUUUCCUAAAUACUGCUGAGAGGAUCACCACUCUGCUGGUCAAGGUGACCAACCAAAUGCUGAAUACAUGUAUAUUAUAUUUGACAGAAAAUAAUACAAAAACAGUAUGGCAACAGAAGAAAAGUGAAGUUAUCAGAAAGAUGUGUGUAUGUACAAGACUCUAUAAACGUUAUCAUGACGUCUAUUGUGAUGCCAAACAAAGGAUAGAGGAUGCAGAAGAUGAAACCAAUCUUGAAGCAUCAGAAAUGUUUGUCUUUGGAAAGUUUAAAACAUUCAAAACUCGUUUAGCCAAGCUCAGAUUUGUUUUAAAAACUACACUCAAGUAUUCAAUCUUGGAAAAUUCCAAAUUGGAAGGCAUUGAAGUACACGCAGCAAAGUUCAAGUCGAUUUUUGCAACCAUAUCAAGCAAACCAUACAAUGCAUUGAAUCAUCGCAAACCUGAUUUUGACAAUGAUUUUGAAAUUUUCACAAAUGCUAUACUAAAGGCUGAAACUGAGCUACGCGCCUUCAAAGAGGAAAGUUUACGUGCUGCUCCAGAUGUUUUGAAUCGACUAAUGUUGAUUAAUAGAUUUAAGAAGCUCAAUCUGCCGUCUCUUCAUUUGGAGAAAUCGUACUUAGAAACAAUGCAGUUGUAUUAUAAAGAAUUGAAUGACCUUUAUGAACUCUAUUUUGAGAAUCAGAAUUUUCCACCAAUUCCAAGGAAUUAUCCCCCUGUAACUGGCAUCAUCGCCUGGUUCCGUCAACUUCUCGCUAGGCUAGAUGAAGUGAUGACACAUUUUGAGGAAGAGGGAAAUGCUCUGGAAACUGAACUUGGAGGAAAAUUGUAUCACACUUAUGGAGAACUUCAUACAGAGUUGUUGUACCAGGAAGAGAUACACCACAGAGGGUGGUAUGAACAUGUAGCAAAGAUUCAAUCUUGUCUGAGUGUACCUCUCCUGAAGAUUGGUGACAAUGCUAAUUCGUACAAAGUAAACUUCCACAAUUCUGUAACUGAAGUUAUACUAGAAAGUGAGAACUGUCUGAGGAUGGGGAGAAAGGUGCCUGAUUUAGCGCUCUUGGUCAUACUUUGCAAACCCAAAAUUUAUUAUGCAUACGAAGGAGUUAAAGCAUUAGUGGCACGCAAUUUGGAAAUUAGAAAAAGCAUUCCUCAAAUAUUUGUGAAUUUGAUCCAAUCACAAACAAUGAAAUUGGAUGCAGCUUUUUUGCCAUGCCUAAGCAACAUUUCCUGGACAUCUUUGACGAUCCCUCAAAUACUUGAUGGUAUAAAAAAUAUUUUAGACAAAGUUGACAUGUUUUGCAAAGAGGCAAAUGACAUGAAGGAAGCAAGAGUGGAUGAAACCCUGGAAGUAAUCGGAGACCAAAUGCUCAUCUAUAUCCCACCACAAGCAAUGGAUGGGCAAGAAUGGUACAAGAAGAAUCUGGAUUAUUGUCAUAAUAUAUCUAAUGAACUGCAGACCAAAUCUCAGACUGCGGAAGAAGCAGUGAUUGAGCUCAUUAAUAAGUUUGUCGAAGCUAUUGAAGAUCCAAACAUUGAUGCUGAAGAGAAAUUUGAUUGGCUUGAUCCCGAAAAGCUCGUUAAACCUGUAUUUGUUAUAAAACCUCGAGGUCAGGCGGAUGAUGAUGAUCCAUAUAAAAAAGAAAAAGAUGAAUACACAAUAGAUGAUUUAAAAGCUGAUUGCAUGGAGGUUUAUGGCUUCUUUAAUCGCAAAAACAUGGAUGCCCUUACCAAAGCUACAAGAAACACACUAAGAACCUUGAGAGAGCGUGCAAGUUCAUCAAGCCUUGUGAUCCGUCAUGAGCACAAUAAGUCAGAUCCACACUAUGCCUACCCGCUGCUGACAGGAGAUAUGGUCCUUUACAUCCCCAACGUUACCAUCGUCCCCACCUUGGAAGAGAUGCAAGCUUAUUUCUCCAAGGUGACAAAGUCUGUACUGAACACAAUCCGGAGCAUCCCACAAUGGGGCAGUGUACAGGGUGACAAGAAAAGUGGAGUAGGGUUAUUGCGGCAUCCAAGACCAGUUAGUAAACCCAAUGCCAAGAGCAUUGUAUUUGACAUCAUGUCUACGGACAUGAGUGGAGGCAUGGGCACGGAGCGGAGCAGAGACUACCUCAAGCAGGUCAUGGAAAAUAAAGAGGUAGUCAGGCUGACUGUGGCUCUUCAGGGAAACCUUCUGCUUGUUAAACCAGAUGUCAACAAGUUGCUACAGAGUUAUCAAACUUUUUCACACUUAUGGUCUGAUGAGCGUAAUGAAAUCUUGAAUGCUUUUGUGGACUCCCAACCCAUGACAAUUUACAUAGAAGACAAGUUUGCAGAACUGGAAAAACUCCUUCAGACCAUUGAGGAAAUACCAGCCCUAAAUAUCUUAGGGCCUCUAGAAAUACAGACCGCCAAAUUCAAACUUGCACUCAAAGUGGAGUGGAAAGAAUGGAAACUCACUUUGGGAAAUAUACUGUUAAAUGCGUAUCGUAAAAAGCUUGCGGAUCUAUGGGAGUUUAUUGAGGUGAAAGGUGAUGUUCUGCUGAAGCCAGUGAAAGACUUAGACGAUGUUCGGUUGGCUAUGGCAUGUCUUGAGUCUGUCAGGGACAAUUUCAUACAUCUGGAUAGAGAGCUGAUUGCCAUUGAAGAAGCUUAUGCUAUAUUUGCAAAAUUUAAUAUAAAAGUACCACCUGAAGAUAUAGAAAAAGUUGAUGGUCUACGGUUCAAUUUCAAUAAUCUGAUUACUUAUUCUAAGGAAAUGCAAGAAACACUUUGUAAAUGCCAAGAGCCUAUGAAGAAAGAAUUAAUGGAGGGUGUUGCUGAGUUUGCCCAAGAAGUUUUUGACUUUGAUCGCGACUUCGAGGAGAAUGGUCCAAUGGUUGAGGGUUUGGAAGCCAGGGAGGCUAGUGACAGGGUGUUAUUGUUUCAAGCUCGUUUUGAUGAGCUUUGGCGAAAAUAUGAGGUUUACAGCAGUGGUGAAAAACUGUUUGCUUUGCAAGUGAAUGAAUAUCCGAUUUUAAUAGAACGAAAGAAACAGUUUAACCUCCUACAGAAACUGUAUGGACUUUAUCUUGUAGUUAACAAGGCAAUUGAUGGAUAUUUUGAGUUGGCUUGGCAAGAUGUGGACAUUGAGGAGAUAAUGGCUGAACUGACGGAUUUCCAGAACAGAUGCCGUAAGCUGCCCAGAGGUAUGAAAGACUGGCCGGCUUUUAUAGAGUUGAAGAAGAAGAUUGAUGACUUCAAUGAGGCUUGUCCUCUGCUGGAGAUGAUGGCCAACAAGUCGAUGAAAGAUCGUCAUUGGCAACGGUUGGAAAAAUUGCUCAACUGUCCUUUUGAUGUAGACAAUGACGAGUUUACAUUAAAGAAUGUCAUGGAUGCACCACUGCUAAAGUUCAAAGAUGAUGUUGAGGACAUUUGUUUGAGCGCUCUGAAGGAAAGAGACAUUGAGGCAAAACUGAAGCAGGUGAUACUGGACUGGGGAGGAGUUCAGCUGCAGUUUGCCAAUUUCAAGACUCGAGGAGAGCUGUUACUCAAGGGUCAAGAGACUCAAGAGAUCAAUGGUCUUAUUGAGGAGAGCUUGAUGGUCAUGAAUUCUCUAGCAGCAAACAGGUACAAUGCUCCAUUCAAGAAAGAGAUCCAGCUGUGGGUAUGGAGACUGGGAAACAACGGGGAGAUCCUGGAAAGUUGGCUAAUAGUUCAAAACUUGUGGGUUUACCUGGAGGCAGUGUUUGUUGGUGGUGACAUUGCCAAAGAACUGCCAGGAGAGGCAAAGAGAUUUGCUGGCAUUGACAAGUCAUGGGUGCGGAUCAUGAUGAGAGCUCGCGUGGUGCUGAAUGUAAUUGAAGUGUGCGUAGGUGACGAGAUGAUGGGCCAACUGCUGCCACACCUGCAGGAGCAGCUGGAGACCUGCCAGAAGUCUCUCACAGGCUACUUAGAACAGAAGAGAUUGAUCUUUCCUCGCUUUUUCUUUGUAUCUGAUCCUGCCUUGCUGGAAAUUCUGGGACAGGCUUCUGAUUCUCAUACUAUUCAAGCUCAUCUGCUGAACGUGUUUGAGAAUGUCAAUAAGGUUGAUUUUGACGAAAAGGAGUAUGAUAGGAUCAACGCAUUCAGUUCGAAGGAAAAGGAAAAGAUCCCACUGGAAAAGGAAGUGAUGUGCCAUGGUGGUGUGGAAAUGUGGCUAGGCAACCUGUUAAGAGAAGUGAAAGCGUCUCUGGGAACCGUCAUAGCAAAUGCCUGGGCCUUCAUGCAUGAGCCUGAGUUCGACUUGCUAGACAUGAUGUCUAAAUUUCCUGCACAGGUCGGUCUGCUGGGACUGCAGAUGUACUGGACCAGAGAUGCAGAGUUUGCACUGAUCAAUUGGAAAUAUGACAAAACGUUGAUGAGGAAAACCAAUGAGAACUUUCUCAUACUGCUCAACACACUCAUCGACCAAACCACUUUGGAUCUGAGCAAGUGGGAAAGAGUCAAAUACGAGACAUUAGUCACCAUUCAUGUUCAUCAAAGGGACAUAUUUGAUGACCUUUAUCGUAUGAAGAUACGCUCCAAGGAUGACUUUGAAUGGUUGAAGCAAGAAAGGUUCUACUUCAAUGAAGAGACAGAGGAGUGCUUGAUUCGCAUUACUGAUGUGGAUUUCACUUAUCAGAAUGAGUAUUUUGGUAUUGUCGAUCGUUUGGUCAUCACCCCGCUUACAGACAGAUGUUACAUCACACUGGCUCAAGCUAUUGGAAUGUCGAUGGGUGGAGCUCCAGCAGGGCCAGCUGGCACUGGGAAGACAGAGACUACCAAGGAUAUGGGCCGCUCGCUGGGCAAAUAUGUGGUGGUCUUCAACUGCUCGGAUCAGAUGGACUUCCGAGGUCUUGGCCGCAUCUACAAGGGGCUGGCACAGUCCGGAUCAUGGGGUUGCUUUGACGAGUUCAAUCGUAUAGAACUGCCUGUGCUUUCUGUGGCUGCCCAACAGAUCAACAUUGUGCUCACUGCCCGCAAAGAGCGCAAGUCCACCUUCUUGUUCAGUGAUGGUGAUACAGUGUCUCUGAAUCCAGAGUUUGGAUUGUUUAUCACUAUGAAUCCUGGCUAUGCAGGAAGACAGGAACUUCCAGAGAACCUCAAAAUAAUGUUCCGCAGUGUUGCCAUGAUGGUCCCAGACAGACAGAUUAUCAUGAGAGUGAAACUUGCUGCUUGCGGGUUCAAAGACAAUAUACAACUAGCGAGAAAGUUUUUUGUGCUAUACAAACUUUGUGAGGAGCAGUUGAGCAAACAGGUGCAUUACGACUUUGGGUUGCGGAACAUCUUGUCAGUGUUAAGAACUCUGGGAGCGCAGAAGAGAGCAAAUCCCAGUGAUACAGAGGAUACCACUGUGAUGAGAGUUCUUAGAGAUAUGAACGUGUCAAAGCUAGUAGAUGAGGAUGAGCCGCUGUUCUUGUCACUGAUAGAGGAUCUGUUUGUGGGAUUGAAGCUGACCACCAGCACCUACAAGGAACUGCAGAGAGCAAUUUCAAAUGCUUGCAAUGAGAAGGAUCUCAUCAAUCAUCCAACUUGGAACUUAAAAAUUGUCCAGUUGUAUGAGACCUCUUUGGUGCGCCAUGGACUGAUGACAAUGGGCCCGACAGGUGCUGGCAAGACCAAGUGUAUCGAGACAUUGAUGCGAGCCAUGACAGAGUGUGGCUCGCCGCACAAAGAGAUGCGUAUGAAUCCUAAGGCUAUUACAGCACCUCAAAUGUUUGGACGACUGGAUGCAGCAACCAAUGACUGGACUGAUGGUAUUUUCUCUACACUUUGGCGCAGAUCUCACAAGAUAAAAAAGUCGGAGAACUGCUGGAUUGUGUUAGACGGACCAGUGGACGCUGUUUGGAUAGAAAACCUGAACUCUGUGUUGGAUGACAAUAAGACACUGACACUGGCCAAUGGUGACCGGAUUGUGAUGGCAGCCAACAGCAAGUUGGUGUUUGAGCCUGACAAUGUGGACAAUGCAUCACCAGCCACAGUUAGUCGCAUGGGGAUGGUCUUCAUGUCGGCCUCUGUUCUCACCUGGCAGCCUAUACUAGAUGGUUGGUUGAGACUGAGGACUCAACAUGAGACAGAUAUAUUGAGACCCCUCUUCUUCAAGAUCUAUGAUGACCUUCAUACUUUUGUCCAAACUAAAUUAGUUGCAAAAAUGAAAGUUUUAGAAGCUUUGUACAUCAGACAAUGUACAGAUCUCCUGAAAGGCCUUAUAGAUGAAGGCGAUGAACAUAGAACGCUACCAGAAGCUCACCUGGAGAGGCUGUUUUUGUUCUCCGUGAUGUGGAGUCUGGGCAGUGUCUUGGAGCUAGACAACCGAAGCAAGAUGGAGGCUUUCAUCUUAGAGCAUCCUUCAAAGCUCAAGUGGCCCAAGCUCAAGGACGAAGGAGAGUCUAUGUUUGAGUAUGUUGUUGGAGACAACGGGGAUUGGCAACACUGGUCUGAGCGGGUAGAGGAAUACAUCUAUCCCCCAGACUAUGUGCCUGACUAUUCCAGUAUUCUAGUGCCUAACGUAGACAAUGUGAGGACAGCGUUCCUCAUAGAUACUAUUGCCAAGCAGUCGAAAGCUGUGUUGUUGAUAGGUGAACAAGGGACUGCAAAAACUGUGAUGAUUAAGAGUUACAUGGCUAGUUACGAUCCUGAGAUUCAACUGAGCAAAAGUUUGAAUUUUUCUUCAGCAACAACACCCAAUAUGUUUCAGAGGAUAAUUGAAAGCUACGUAGAAAAGCGUGUGGGGUCUACGUACGGUCCGCCAAACAAUAGAAGGAUGACAGUGUUCAUAGAUGACAUCAACAUGCCAGUGGUGAAUGAGUGGGGAGAUCAGGUGACUAACGAGAUUGUGCGGCAACUCAUGGAGAUGGUCGGUUUCUACUCUCUAGACAAACCUGGUGAGUUUCUGACAAUAAAGGACAUCCAACUGAUGGGGGCCAUGAUCCAUCCUGGAGGUGGCAGGAAUGACAUCCCACCUCGACUGAAGAGACAGUUCUGCAUAUUCAACUGCACUCUGCCCUCAGACAAGUCCAUGGACAAGAUUUUCAGUGUGAUAGGUGAGGGAUACUUUUGUCUCACCCGCUUCCGGGAGGAGAUUGUAGAGUUUCUGCCACGGCUCAUCCCACUGACCCGCAUUGUCUGGCAGCAGACUAAGGUCAAAAUGCUGCCCACACCUGCCAAAUUUCAUUACAUCUUUAACUUGCGAGAUCUGUCACGCAUAUGGGAGGGGAUCUUGCAUGUACAAGAUGCUGAAUGUCCCACUCCCACUUUACUACUCAAGUUGUGGCGGCAUGAGUGUUACAGAGUGAUUGCCGACAGAUUCACCAAUGAGGCGGACACAAAGUGGUUUGAUACAAAUCUUUCAAACACAACCAGAAACUACCUCGGGGAAGAUGCUGAUGUUUACGAUGACAGUGAGACAUAUUUUGUUGAUUUCCUGAGAGAUGUUCCGGAGCCAACUGGGGAUGAACCGGAUGAUUUUGUACUGGAAGCACCAAAAAUAUAUGAAGAAAUACCAAGUUGGGAGUUCCUCAAAGAGAAGCUUCUCAUGUAUAUGGCAGGCUACAACGAGUAUGUGAGGGGUUUGCCUAUGGAUCUGGUAUUUUUCCGAGAUGCAAUGAUUCAUCUCAUGAAGAUCUCUCGGAUAAUCCGCACUGCUCGAGGCAAUGCAUUGUUAGUUGGAGUGGGAGGCUCUGGCAAACAGUCACUGACAAGAUUGGCUUCCUUCAUUGCCAAUUAUCAGACACAUCAGAUUACACUUACAAGAUCCUAUAACGUUUCAAAUUUUCAAGACGACUUGAAGUUCUUGUAUCGUGUUUCUGGACUGCAAGGGAAAGGGAUAACUUUUAUUUUCACAGACAAUGAUAUAAAGGAUGAAGCUUUUCUUGAAUUUCUAAAUAAUGUGCUGAGUGCUGGAGAAGUCGCUAACCUGUUUGCAAAAGAUGAACUAGAUGAAAUAACAAAUGAAUUGGUUCCCAUCAUGAAAAAGAAGCAACCCAAGCGUCCACCAACCAGAGAUAAUUUGUAUGAUUUUUUCAUCUCGUCAGCUCGGAACAAUCUCCACAUCACUUUGUGCUUUUCUCCUGUUGGAGAAAAGUUCCGAUCUCGGUCCUUAAAGUUCCCGGGAUUAAUCUCCGGAUGUACAAUGGACUGGUUCUCCCGAUGGCCCAAAGACGCUUUAGUUGCCGUCUCCAACCAUUUUCUGGUUAACUUUCCAAUAGUGAGCACUGCGACUGUCAAGCAGUCUCUCAUUGCUAUCAUGGCCGAUGUUCAGGAUAUAGUAGCAGACACUUGCAUUCAGUAUUACGCCAGAUUUCGUCGCCAAUCUUUUGUGACACCAAAGUCGUUUCUCUCCUUCCUCGAUGGAUACAAGACUAUCUAUGCACAGCGGCAGGCAGAUAUCAAUGUAUUGGCAGAGCAGAUGAACAUGGGCCUGGAAAAGCUGCGGGAGGCAGCUAUUAGUGUUGAUGAGCUGCGCAAGGACCUGGUGGAAAAGGAAAAAGACAUUCUGGUCGCUUCAGCAAAGGCUGAGGAGGUCCUGUCAGGAGUGACCCAGGUGGCCAGUGUGGCUGAGAAGGUGAAGGCAGAAGUAAAGGAGGUGGCCGACCGAGCCACAGCCAUUGUAGAAGAGAUUGCAGUGGACAAGGCUAUAGCUGAAGAGAAACUGGAGGAUGCCAGGCCUGCACUGGAAGAGGCAGAAGCUGCUUUACUUACUAUUAAAGCAGCUGACAUAGCCACUGUGAGGAAACUGGGCAAGCCACCGUACCUGGUCACCCUGAUCAUGGACGUUGUGCUGAUAUUGUUCCAGCGUAAAGUGGAUCAGGUCAGGCCCGACAUGGAGAAGAACUUUUUCUUUCCCAAUUGGGCGGAAUCAUUGAAGGUAAUGGCAGAUACAAAAUUCUUGUAUAACCUGCAGAACUUUCCAAAGGAUAAGAUCAAUGCAGAGACAGUGGAUCUGAUGUUGCCAUAUCUAGAGAACCCUUUGUACACGUUUGAGGGUGCGAAGAUAGCAUGCGGCAAUGUAGCUGGACUGCUACAGUGGACAACAGCCAUGAAAGCCUUCUAUAAUGUCAACAAGGAUGUGCUGCCCCUUAAGGCAAACCUCGCAAUUCAACAAAACAGGCUGAAUAUUGCCACGAAAGAAUUGAAUGAGGCUCAGAAAUUGCUAGCAGCCAAGGAGGAAGAACUGGCAGCUGCCCAGCAACAGUUUGAUGUAGCCAUGGCAGCUAAGCAGGAAGUUUUGGAUGUUGCCAAUAAAGUCAAAUCAAAAAUGGAUGCAGCAUCUGCCCUCAUUAAUGGAUUAGCUGGGGAACAAGUAAGAUGGACGGAGCAGUCACAAGCAUUUCGCUCAGAGACAGAACGGCUGGUGGGAGACGUCUUGUUGUUGACUGGUUUCCUUUCAUACACAGGCCCCUUCAACCAGGAGUAUCGCAACCUGUUGCAAACAACAUGGUACAAUGAGCUAGUUACACGUAAGAUACCUGUCACCGCCAACUUGAACAUCACUGAGAAUCUGGUUGACACACCAACGAUUGGUGAGUGGAAUCUUCAAGGGCUCCCCAGUGACGAGUUGUCCAUCCAGAAUGGUAUCAUCGUUACAAAGGCAUCCAGGUUCCCUCUUUUGAUAGACCCACAAAGUCAAGGCAUUGCUUGGAUCAAGAACAAGGAGAAAGAAAACAACUUGCAAGUGACAUCAUUGAACCACAAAUAUUUCCGCCAACACAUUGAAGACUGCCUCUCCCUGGGAAACCCAAUGUUGAUAGAAGACGUAUUAGAGGAAUUGGAUCCUGCUCUUGAUAAUGUUCUGGAGAAAAAUUAUAUUAAGAUUGGAACUGCACUCAAGGUGAAAGUUGGAGACAAAGAAAUGGACGUCAACAAGGACUUCCGUUUGUAUAUAACAACAAAAUUGGCCAACCCAGCUUACUCACCUGAGAUAUCUGCACGUACCAACAUUAUUGACUUCACUGUUACCAUGAAAGGAUUGGAAGAUCAGCUUCUAGGCCGUGUCAUUCUGACAGAAAAGAAAGAACUGGAGUUUGAAAGGACCUCAUUGAUACAAGAUGUGACAGCAAACAAACGCAAGAUGAAAGAACUGGAGAGUAAUCUUUUGCUGAAGCUGACAACAGUUCAGGGGUCGCUAGUGGAUGAUGAGAGUGUAAUAGCUGUGUUGAACGUAACUCAGACCACAGCAGCGUCUGUGCGAGAGAAGCUUAAGAUUGCCGCAGCCACAGAGGCCAAGAUUAAUACAGCCCGUGAAGAGUUUCGGCCGGUAGCAACCCGCGGAAGCGUCCUCUACUUUCUCAUCGUGGACAUGAUGCUAGUCAACAGCAUGUACCAGACCUCACUCGUCCAGUUUCUUGAGAGAUUCGACAUCUCCAUGCAGAGAUCUGAAAAGAGCUUGAUUGCUCAACGAAGGAUUGGUUUCAUCAUAGACUAUCUCACUUAUGAGGUGUUUAAGUAUAAGUGUCGUGGCCUGUAUGAAAACCAUAAGUACAUGUUCACGCUUCUGCUUACAAUGAAAGUUGAUUUGCAGCGAAAGACAGUAACUCAUGAAGAAUUCCAAAACUUCAUCAAAGGUGGAUCAGCUUUGGACCUAAACACUUGCCCACCCAAACCAUGCAAGUGGAUCACUGAUUCUGUAUGGCUUAAUCUGGUCCAGUUGUCAAGUCUGCCAGCUUUUAAAUUCAUUUUAAAUCAGGUGCCACAGAGUGAAAGGCAAUGGAAAGCAUGGUUUGACAAGCCAGCUCCAGAGGAGGAAGUCAUGCCAGAUGGCUAUGAGGGUCUGGAUCCAUUCAGGAGAUUACUCAUGAUUCGAGCCUGGUGUCAAGACAGAACACUGGCGCAGUCCAAGAAGUAUGUAGCAAACAGCAUGGACUCACGUUACACAGAACCAGUGAUACUGAACAUUGAUGUGCUGUUUAAUGAGUCGCGUCCACUCACACCUAUGAUCUGCUUCCUCAGCAUGGGUUCGGACCCCACGCCACUGAUAGAAACAGCAGCCAAGCGGAGAGAAACGGAGUGUCGCUCCAUCUCAAUGGGGCAAGGACAGGAAGUACACGCUAGGAAAUUGCUGGCUAACUUUAUGGUUCAGGGAGGUUGGGUCCUGUUACAGAACUGUCAUUUAGGCAUUGAGUACAUGAGCGAGUUGUUUUUGGUACUUUCUGAGUGUGAAACUGUACAUCCUGACUUUCGAAUAUGGAUCACAACUGAACCACAUCCAAAGUUUCCUAUAUCUCUACUGCAAAUAUCCCUCAAGUUCACGAAUGAGCCUCCUCAAGGUAUUCGAGCUGGACUGUUGCGCACCUACAGCACAAUGAGCCAGGACCUGUUGGACUACAGCAGCUCACCCUGGUAUCUGCCGAUGUUGUUUGGGGUCUCAUUCCUCCACACUGUAGUACAGGAGCGACGAAAAUUUGGUCCCCUCGGUUGGAACAUCCCGUAUGAGUUCAACUUCUCUGAUUGGUAUGCCUCCACUAUGUUUGUCCAGAACCACUUGGAUGACAUAGACCCCAAGGUCGGAAUCAGCUGGAGCACGGUCAGAUACAUGUUGGGUGAGGUACAGUAUGGAGGUAGAGUCACAGAUGAUUAUGACAAAAGGCUUCUCACUACUUUUGCCAAAGUUUGGUUCUCCGAAGACAUGUUUGAAGAAGAGUUCCGCUUUUAUACUGGUUAUAGGAUAAUGAGUUUUAGAAACCUCAAUGAGUAUUUGGAACAUAUUGAAAAUAUGGCCCCGACAGAUCCUCCACAGGCUUAUGGACUUCAUGCUAAUGCCGAUAUUACAUACCAGAGUAAUACUACUAACGAGCUGUUGGACACCAUAAUCAUGAUCCAACCUAAAGAGUCUAGUGGAGAGGAAGGGGGAGAGUCUCGCGAGAGCGUGGUGGCUCGACAGGCCACAGAGAUGCUGAGUAAACUGCCCAAGGACUAUGAUCCAUUUGAGGUCAAGGAGAGAUUGAGGAAAAUGGAUCCUCUGAAUUCUAUGAACAUUUUUCUGAGACAAGAAAUCGACAGGAUGCAGAGAGUUAUCAAAACGGUGAGAACUACACUGAAAGAUCUCCUUCUAGCGAUUGAGGGAACAAUUAUUAUGAAUGAGGCCCUAAGAGAUGCCCUAGACAACAUGUAUGACGCCAGAGUGCCAGAGACCUGGAAGAGAGGCUCAUGGGCAUCUUCAUCCCUCGGCUUCUGGUUCACUGAGCUGCAAGAACGCAAUACGCAGUUCUCAUGCUGGAUAUUCGUCAAACGGCCACCACAGUUCUGGAUGACUGGCUUCUUUAAUCCACAAGGUUUCCUGACAGCCAUGAGGCAGGAAGUGGCCAGAGCACACAAGGGAUGGCCACUGGACUCUGUCACGCUCCACAACGAGGUCACCAAGUUCAAUAAGGAAGAAAUCAGGCAACCCCCUCCUGAGGGAGUGUAUGUAUAUGGAUUGUACCUGGAUGGUGCAGGUUGGGACAGGAAGAAUUCCCGUCUCACAGAGUCAGUUCCAAAGGUCCUCUCUGUACUGAUGCCAGUCUUCCAUCUUUACGCCAUUAACAGCACAGCUCCUAAGGAUCCCAAACUCUAUCAGUGUCCAGUCUAUAAGAAACCUAACCGCACAGACCUAACAUUUGUCACGCCGUUGUGGCUGCCAUGCAAGUUCACCCCAGAACACUGGAUUCUGCGUGGAGUGGCUCUCCUUUGUGACAUCAAGUAGACGGAAGGAUAUCAAAAAUUGUGGUUACUGAACUAAUUUUGCAAUGAAGAUACUAGAUUUUGUAAUAGAAUUGUGACAUCAAUAUACUGCCUGUUUGUAAAUCUGGAAUACAUUAAAGUUUAACUUUCUCCUAUCCUCAGUUAAUUUUUCUAUGAAAUUACUAUUCAGUUUUAUAAAAUAAUUAUAUUUUUAUAAAUAAU